AUGACGAUUGUCGACGCAGCGACCUUGAAUGUUACAUUUGCUUCUUCUGCACCGAGCUCGGCAUUGGAGUUCAUCCGCGCCGAAUAUGGGAUCUCUGCCGAAGUUUCUUAUCUUGUCACAUCCGUGUUCCUCCUGGGAUAUGUACUCGGCCCGCUUGUGUGGGGACCCGGAAGCGAGUUGUUGGGUCGCCGACCUGUAUACACCUUUGCCAUGGUCGUGUAUACUGUCCUCCACCUCGGCGAGGCACUGGCUCGAAACAUCGAAACGAUGCUCGUCACGCGGUUUCUCGGCGGCCUCUUCGCCUGUGCUCCCUUGGUCAACUCGGGCGGCGUCCUCGCCGACAUCUGGUCCACAGAGAAACGCGGCACGGCGAUGAGCCUCUUCUCCGCCAGCGCAUUUCUCGGUCCAGUCAUGGGCCCCCUCAUCGCAGGCUUCAUCGUCGAGAGUGACCUGUCGUGGCGGUGGGUGUUCUGGGUCAUGAUGAUGUUUGCGGGAUCCAGCACUGCGCUCAUCAUCUUUGGAUUGCCGGAAACGUUUGCACCAGUUUUGCUGCUCAAGAGGGUUCGUGCGCAGCGCAAGGCAGAGCCAGAAGCAAUGGGCCACCUGUACGCGGCGCAUGAGAAACGGGACUGGUCUGCGAUGGGCAUCAUCCGCUCGACGCUCUUUCGCCCGUUCAUCAUGCUCGCUGGCGAGCCCAUCUUGGUUCUCGUCACGGCUUAUAUCUCGCUCAUCUACGGUGUUCUCUACGCUCUAUUUGAGACGUUCCCCAUCAUCUUCGUCCAGAAGCGUGGAUUCACAGUCGCCCAGGACGGCCUGGUCUUCAUCGGCGUCGGGAUCGGCACGUCCUUGGGCGCGUUGAUCAACUACUUCUGCUCGCGACACUACCCGGAGCUCAUCAAGAAGUGGAAGGGCUUCCCACCCGCCGAGGAGCGACUGAUUGGUGCAAUGUACGGUGCCCCCCUCUUUGUGGUGGGCAUCUUUUGGCUCGGAUGGACCGGACAGUAUCCGAGUGUGCCGUGGUACGUUCCUGCGCUGAGCACGAUCGUUGUCGGGAUGGGCGUCUCUUCAGUCUUCAUGGGCUUUCUGAGCUAUCUUGUGGACACCUACCUAUAUGUUUCUCACGUCCCGCACCACCUGAAUCAGUGCUUACCGUCCAUCAGCAUGAACGCUGCAUCCGCAUUUGCUGCGAACACAUUCUUCCGUUCUCUCGUCGCCGCCGCAUUCGCGCUUUUCACUGUGCAGAUGUUUAACGGAAUGGGAGUCAACUGGGCGUCGACACUCCUUGGCGGCGUUGGGCUGUUGCUCGCUCCGUCGCCGUUCUUGUUCUACAAGUACGGCGCACGGAUUCGGAAGCGCAGCAGGUUCGCGCCCUGUCUGGAUCUUAAGAUCGCAGCAGAACUAAAGAUGGAGGAAGAAAAGGCCGCUGGGGGCUAUAGCGCGUAGAACUGCUCCAGCAAUUACGUUACCCCCAGUGUAUUUGUAUUCGCAGAGCGAAAGCACUAUAUCAUACCGCCAAUUCACUUGUGAGAGAGGAGUGAUAUGGUACAGAUUCUUUCUUCGACGGUCUCGAUGCCGAUACUUAUCCUCAUCAAAUGAGUUUUCGGGCUGCUAUACUUUCCCUUCGUGCGAGGCACGAUCCAGACCCUCCUCAUCCGAGCCAAGCUAGACGAUCUGUCGUCAGCGGAGACUGAUUGAACACCCCCGGCAGGAUGUUAACUCUAGUCUCAACGGUGUUGCCCAUCAAGUAAGUGGUCUGUUGGCUAGUCAUGCAUCGCUUGUCUGAACACGAUCUCAUCGCCCUCGACAGCGGCUUUGACACAUGAAGGGAUCCAGACACCCAAUCGCUCGCCUGUCGCAACCCCCGGCUAGCCUCGAGAUCUAUCGGGAAAUCUGUGCGUCGAUGAGAGUGAAGACAAUCAACUUCCACUGGUUGGCUACUUGAGAUGUUUGGCUGUGUCGCGCAAGUCCGGUAGUAGAGCUUCUAGUACCGAUAGUUCCACGACGGCCGCAAAGAGGAUGUGCGAGCCCACUUAGGUUCCCUUCUGGAGCACGAACCCGCACAAUUUGCUUCCGGUCUCGACCCUGAUUAGCUCGAGGCAGACGGCGGUACCGAGGCGGGUAGACGCGCCGCCGAACCUGCAUAUAUGCACGGAUUCUUCCUCGCAAUGUUCGUUAGCUGGGUUGUACGGCGAGAAGUUGCGGUUGACAAGUGACAGAAAGGCAGCACACGGAGAAGAGGGUUCCGUAUACGGAGAGUUUUCAGACGCGUGCUUCCCGCAAAUAUGGCCUCAGAGUGAGCAGGGCCAAUCAUGCGCUUGUUUUGAAGCUCGAGGUCGAUGUGGUCCUGGGCUCAGUGCGGCCCACGAGGAUCGGGAUAUACUGUACCUCUGAGAGACCGUCAGCUAGACCUGUGCUCGAGAUAACAGGAUGCAAAUUCGGCGGUGCCACCAAUUCUGCGGCCGUGCCUGUCUUUGUA